UGCACCGAAUAGUCCCAGUUCAGUCUAAAUUUGAUAGCAUUACGAGCUAAUUACUCUACAAAAUGUGGUUCGCAAAAAUUUCGGUGCUAGCAUUUCCGCUGCUUCUCGUUGGUAUUACGGCCAGUGAUUUUCGAAUUGCGCCCGAUGCGAGGCUAGCAUUGAGGAAACGAUCAACGGACGUUAUCCGUUGGUGCGAAGUAUUUUAUCAAGAAGAUUUUCCUCCGAAUACGUCCUGCGAAGGGAGGGAGGAUAAUGUGUGGGACUACUUCCCGGCGUGCUGCAACGGGGCCUUCAAUUGCCGCUCGGGAUUUAUUUGGGACGUAUACCUUUGUGCGCCGUACUAUGUUUACGAUGUCGUGCAGGAUACAUGCGUGAGACUGGAGGGUGACGUUUGUCCCUAUUUCGCAGGUGGUACUACAACGCCACCGCCCGUUGAAACUACGACUGCAACUACCGAGGAAUCAACAACAAUCACCGAGGAACCAACAACAAUCACCGAGGAACCAACAACAAUCACCGAGGAACCAACAACAAUCACCGAGGAACCAACAACAAUCACCGAGGAACCAACAACAAUCACCGAGGAACCAACAACAAUCACCGAGGAACCAACAACAAUAAUCACCGAGGAAAUUACAACUGAAGAAGUUGGAACUGAGACAGAUACAACGAACGAAGAAUCAACAACGGAAGCAGAAGAGCCUACGACCGAACUUGCUGAGACCACCGAGCCACCAAUUAUUAGUUGUGAGACCAUGGUGAACGGAAAACUGCCUCAUCCAACCGACUGCAAGAAAUAUAUCCUCUGCUUGAACAGCAAUCCGACAGUGGAGGACUGCUACGAGGGUUAUAUUUUCUACAUUCCGUUCUUGACCUGCCUGCCUGGUGAUGGUGAAACCUGUGAACUGUACAAAGUAGAAGGGAAAUCACGAAGAGAUCAGUAAUAGUUAACCAAGUAACGUGUUAUCGAAGUUCUUGGAAAGUAAGAAGACAAUCACAUUUUUGAACCAAUGUUAUUGCUAACAGUGGAAUGAAUUUCGGGUAGUGAUUAAGAAUCGGAAGUUCUAUUAAUAAAAUAACAGUGUGCUAAUUUA